AGGUUGGGCCAAAUUCGCCUGUACUCCUCUAGUUUUGGAAACCCUAAACCCUCAGCCCUCUUUACCAACGAGCUAUCUCCUUUCCAACCCCCAAACCACGACCACGACCCGCCGACUUGCCCGAUUCCACCACCGUCGACACCGAGCACCGGCGACUCCGACCACCGGUGACCCUGACCUCUCCACUUGUUUUUUCUGAAUUUCGUUCUAUAUUCUUCUUCAACCUUGAUCACUUUUUCAAGUGUUGUGGCUGGAAAUCAGGAAUGAAUGACCUGUCAUCCCCGGGCCCAGGGAGGCCGCCUCUCCUGCCCUGGCUCAGGGACGGGCCUGGUAUAUUCAGUGUAUCUCACAAGCAGUAAUCAGAUAGCAAAAUGUUUGCUGCAAAAACACCCUCAAUUCCUCCUCUUUCUUUCUCUGAGAAGUCCUUAAGAUGCGAGAACCACUGCCUUAAGCUUCGUUUACCAUUCACUAGUGCCUAUCCAGCAAACAAAAAUAUCACACAGCGUUUCUUACCAUGUAUUAGAGCUUCUCUUGCGCUGGACCUUGAUAAAUCAGUAACCGAGUUUACUCCUGCUCAGACCCGAGUUGAUAUCCUUGCAGAGUCUCUCCCAUAUUUACAAAGAUUCAGAGGGAAAACCAUAGUUGUCAAGUAUGGCGGGGCAGCCAUGAAGUCUGAGUCUCUUCAAGCAUCAGUAAUCAACGACCUUGUACUGCUCUCAUGUGUGGGCAUACGCCCUAUUUUUGUCCAUGGAGGUGGUCCUGAAAUCAACCAAUGGCUUGACCGCAUUGGCCUUAAACCAAACUUCCUAAAUGGCCUUCGUGUCACUGAUGCAUCGACUAUGGAGAUAGUCACAAUGGUUCUUGUGGGGAAGGUUAAUAAACAUCUAGUCUCUCUCAUAAAUAAGGCAGGGGCCACAGCUGUGGGCCUCUCCGGUAUGGAUGGCCGCCUCCUUACGGCAAGACCAUCUCCCAACGCUGCUGAACUCGGUUUUGUGGGGGAGGUUGCUGUUGUGGAUCCCACUGUCCUUCGGCCCUUGGUGGAGAAUAAUCACAUUCCUGUUAUUGCGUCAGUGGCAGCAGACGAGAAAGGGCAAUCCUAUAACAUCAAUGCAGACACUGUAGCAGGGGAACUGGCAGCUGCAUUGGGUGCUGAAAAGCUUAUACUGUUAACUGAUGUUGCGGGGAUAUUGGAAAAUAAAGAUGAUCCAGGUAGUUUAGUAAAGGAGAUUGACAUUUCCGGGGUAAGGAAGAUGAUUUCAGAGGGGAAGAUAGCUGGCGGUAUGAUCCCGAAAGUCAAUUGUUGUAUUAGGUCAGUGGCCCAGGGAGUUAGAACCGCGAGUAUAAUUGAUGGUAGAGUUCAGCAUUCUCUGCUGCUGGAAAUUUUGACUGACGAAGGGGCUGGAACCAUGAUCAGUGGUUGAUGUUUAUGUUAUGUUCUAAUUUCGUUUAUUUUCAUUGUACCCUCCCUUUUGUUUCUUCCCUACAUUUUGAGGAGCAAGAAUGGCAGCAAUCAUGUAUAUGAGAGAUGUAGUCCUGUUAACUGUUGUUGGUUCGGAGUACCGUAUUUUGUAGAACACAAAUCUGAUGCUAAAUGAGUUCCCAGUCUCAAGUUUCUCCA